AUACGGCGCUCCCAUCCUCACGUGCGAGGGUUCCAUUUCUUCACUGCCGAGCGUGGAUGAAUUAUAUUUCGCCGGUGUUCGACCUCUGGAUUGACACCGGCGAUCUUUCUCUCACUACCAUUUUCUGUCAUCUUCUUCCAUAUCCAUUUUGAAUUUCGAGAUUGAUUGCUUCGUUGAUUAUAUUAAUAUUAGAGGUGGAAAAGACGUUGGAUCGUAUCUACAUCAAAUAUUUUCUGGACCUGGAAAUAACAUCGACCAGUUUAUAGGCGGGAGGAAGAGGAGGAAGGUGAGAGAUCUUUCUCCCCACUCAGCCACCAACCGGAGGUUCAAUGGCGUCCCAAAUUUUUGAGUACUUCGUCGUUUGCGGUAUCGGACCGGAGAUCCAAACCCUCGAUGGAGUCAAGGGUUUUCAAGGAACAGGGAUCAUGUACAUGCCUUCUCUUCUGGAUCAGUUUCCUCCGUCAAAUCACUCCCUCUACCCUCCUCCGCCUCCCCAGCUUCCAACGGUUUUUCUUCCUUCUUUGGAAAACCUUUCAAGCUUGUUCCAGUCUUCCUCUUCCUCAAUGUAUGCACACAACUAUCCUAUUGUUCUGACUAAGGGCGAUGGUUCAAAAAUUUAUGUCAGUUGCAUCGCAUUUCGAGACCCAGUUUGCGAAGAUGUCACUCUCGCAUAUAGGAUACCAACAAAUUACUUCGCUGAUAAAUGUAUAUGCCUUGUGUCUCGGUCACCUAGUUUUCAAGUCCUUAGAGAUGCGCUUGAGGAGCUUUUCAUUGUUUGUUUUUCCCCUAAUUCUACAAGCAUGCCCCUAUGGGAAGUUAUAGCUCAUAUGGUCUCAAAUGUUUCUUUGCCUACACCGGGGAAAGAUAGAAUCUUAUUUGCUAUUGAGAACUGCCUUCUUUCAGUAGAGGCUCCACCAAAGGAAGGACUUCCUCAUGCAGAUAUUUCAUUCCAGCCAUUGGUGCAAUGUUUGGACGUUGACAAUUUGAUAAGGCUUUUCACCGCUGUGUUGCUCGAGAGAAGGAUCUUAUUACGAUCAAAUAAGUAUGCGCUUCUUACUCUGGUAUCGGAGGCAAUCUGCCAUUUAAUUUAUCCCUUUAGGUGGCAACAUGUGUACAUACCAUUACUGUUUUUCAGUGGGGCAGACUAUAUUGAUGCCCCUACACCAUACAUGAUGGGACUUCAUUCAGGCGUUGACACAUCCGGGUUAACAUUGGAUGGUGUUGUUGUGGUUGAUCUUGAAUAUAAUUGCAUCACAACCUCAGAAGACAUACCCUCUAUACCGGACCCUGAAUUGAGUUUCUUGCGUAAUGAGAUAUUGAAGUUGCUGCAUCCCAAUGUUGUUGGCAUAGAUCACAUAAAGAUAAACCUUGGUGGCAUGUCUGAUCAAUAUGCAAAAACUGGCAACAGGAAGUGGGGAGAAGAGCAUGACUUUCAACUUAGGCUAAUAUUCUUAAAAUUCUUUGCUCUACUUUUGAGCGGCUACCGUAACUUCAUUGAAAACAGCGCAAAUAACAUUUUCAAUUCUCAAGCAUUUAUGAAGAAACGAUCCCGUUCCACUAAUCAAUCUGUUGAGUCAAUGGUGAUGAUAGCACAAUUCUUAGAUUCUCAAGGUUUCUUGGACUAUUUGGAGAGAUGUAUCAAUUCCGAUGAAAGCAACUGUAAUCUUCUGAACAAAUUGCAAGAUGCAGCUGGGAGGGGUCAAGAUCCCAUGAUUAUUUUCCCCUCUGCUGUGGAGCCUGAGAUCAUUACUGUAUCCGCUCUUGAUAAAGAGGCCGCAGGUGAGAAGUGUCAUUAUGAUCGAUUUCCUGCAAACAUUAGGACUAAGGAGCAGGAAGAAAAGCGUAGAUCGAUUCUUUCAGUAGUAGCUGGUGCUUUGGACUAUUCAUCAAAACAAUCUCCAAGCUCUCCGUCUAUGCUUGGUCAUAUUGAUUCAAAUGAGGAUACUUUGAGUCCCAGGGAGAGGGCUGCAGAGAGGGAGCGCAUGGUGCUAGAUAUUCAAGUAAAGCUGCAGGGAUUAUGGUUGCGUCUUCUCAAUCUAGGGGCAACAGAGGAUCCUCUUUCAUCAUUUGAGUAUGGCACAAUUCUUGCUCUGAUUGAGUCUGAUGCAGAAGGAAUAGGAGGGAGUGGGUUUGUUGAAUGCAUCAGGGAACAUAUUCAUUCGGGAUGGCAAUGCCGAUUAACUGAUGAGCAGUUCGUAGCUGUUAAAGAACUGCUUAAAACUGCCAUCAAUCGGGCUGCCUUUCGUAAUGACAUGAUCACUGUAAGUGAUGCUCUUGAAGUAUCGGCCGAGAUGUACAGAAGAGAUCCCAACAGUAUUCCUGAUUACAUUCAACAUCAUCUUCUUUCACUUGCCAUAUGGGAGGAUUUGCGCUUUUGGGAUGGUUAUUUUGAACACCUGAUGGAGCAUUCUUCUAAUAAGAUGACCAACUAUGUGACUCUAGUUAGUGCACAACUUGUUGUUAUGGCAACUCACAUGGUUGGGCUUGGGCUUCCGGAUGGUGAGUCUUGGAACAUUAUUGAAACAAUAGCGGAGAAAAACAACCUUGGUUACAAGCAACUUAUUAAAAUCAGAGGGUUUUUGUCGCAUAUUCACCAACUCCGGGUUGGUUAUUGGGGGCUUUCAGUAUGGAAGUCUCAAGCACCAUCUUAUGGGUUGCCAUCCCCUCACCCUCAGGAUACAUAUGAUGAAAGUCAACAACAAGCUGAAGGUUCAGGUGUUGGUCGAAGUUGGGUGCAGAGUAUGUUUAGCAGAGACAGAAGUAUUAGGGCCAAUUCUUUUGCUCGUGUUCGUAAGUGGGCUUCUGACAGUGAUGCUUCAGAGCUCCCUGGUACAGGACAAAAGAAAAUUCAAUCAAGCGUGCGCAUGUUGAGAGGCCAUUCAGGUGCUAUUACUGCUUUGCAUUGUGUUUCAAGAAGGGAGGUUUGGGAUCUUGUAGGUGACCGUGAGGAUGCUGGCUUCUUCAUCAGUGGAAGUGUUGAUUGCACGGUUAAAAUCUGGGAUCCUACUUUGCGUGGGUCUGAACUUCGGGCGACUUUGAAAGGACAUUCUAGGCCUAUUCGUGCGAUCAAUUCUGACAGGUGUAAGGUGGUAUCAGGUUCAGAUGACCAAUCUGUCAUAGUGUGGGAUAAGCAGACAUGUCAACUGCUCGAAGAGCUGAAAGGCCAUGAUUCAUCGGUGAGUUGUGUGCGGAUGCUAUCUGGUGAAAGGGUCCUUACUGCAGCUCAUGAUGGUGCUGUGAAAAUGUGGGAUGUGAGAACUGAUACUUGUGUGGCUACUGUUGGCCGCUGCUCUAGUGCAGUCCUUUGCAUGGAAUAUGAUGACUCCACUGGAAUUCUAGCUGCCGCUGGAAGAGAUGUGGCAGCAAAUGUUUGGGACAUUCGUGCUGGUAGGCAGAUGCAGAAGCUUCUAGGUCACACUAAAUGGAUUCGUUCUAUAAGGAUGGCUGGGGACAUCAUACUCACUGGAAGUGAUGAUUGGACAGCCAGGCUAUGGUCUGUUUCUCGAGGGACAUGUGAUGCUGUUUUAGCAUGUCAUGCUGGUUCUAUUCUUUGUGUUGAAUACUCACCUUCAGAUAGAGGGAUAAUAACUGGUUCUGCUGACGGACUUGUAAAGUUUUGGGAAAAUGAAGAAGCAGUAAGAUGCGUGAAGAAUAUAACAGCUCACUCUGGUUCCAUUUUAUCUGUCAAUGCUGGAGAACACUGGCUUGGUAUUGGUGCAGCUGAUAAUUCUAUGUCCCUUUUUUAUCGACCUCAAGAAAGACUUGGUGGUUUCUCCAACUCGGGGUCAAAAAUGCCUGGAUGGCAGUUCUAUAGAGCACCUCAGAAAUCUGUGGCUGUGAUUCGCUGUGUGGCAUCCGACCUUGAUAGAAAGCGGAUUUGCGGUGGUGGACGAAAUGGAGUUCUUCGGCUGUGGGAUGCCACGAUCAAUAUAUAGUGGUCCAUCAAAUUUUAAAGCUCGGAAGCGGAGGAAUACACUGGGUCGCUACCCAAACCCCUUGCUGCAACGUGGCUGAAAUUUUUUACUUAAAAAUCUUUAAAUGGAAAUUUCCAUUUUUAGAGGUUAAUACAAACUUACUCUCUUAAUAUACAAUUUAUCAAUUGUAUUCAAUUUAUUUUAUUAUUUCAUAAAUAAUUAUAAUAUUGCCUUUGAGUUUUGACACAAGCUGAAGAGCUGAAAAAUAACAUGGUAGAGGGCUAAUCUAAUGAUUUCUGGGUUGAUGAAAAGAAAUUGUUGUUUAUUGAAUUCUAGAUAUAUGAAUAAUUUUAUUUUCUUUUAA